AUGCAUGUUGUGUUCGAGAACGUCAUCCAAAACUUGGUUGAGCUUUGGACAGGUGAUCACAAGGGCCUCGACGAAGGAAGUGAGGAAUACGAGCUUGAUGAAAAUGUAUGGAAGGCUGUCGGACAAGCUACGGCGGCUGCAUGCAAUACAAUCCCAUCUGCCUACAGUGCACGUCUCGGUAACAUUGCAGAGCCAGCCGAGCGUAACCAGUACACCGCUGACAUGUGGUCUUUUUGGAUGACGUAUAUUGGCCCGUCUCUCUUGGCCCGAAAAUUCAAGCACCGCAAGUACUACGAUCAUUUCGUCGAGCUCGUCCGCCUUCUCACGUUAUGCAUGCGCUUCACUCUAUCGGCAGAAGAUAUCGACGGUAUACGAGUAGGUUUUGGAGACUGGGUCACAAAGUUUGAGCAGUACUACUACCAGUACGAUCUAGCUCGGCUUGCGGUCUGUGUGCUGACGCUGCACGCACUGCUACACUUUGCGGAUAGCAUUGAGGCCGUGGGGCCACUUUGGGCAUAUUGGGCAUUUCCUAUGGAACGCUUCUGUGGCGUUGUGCAGCGUCACAUCAAAAGCCGACGCUUUCCGUUUGCGAGUAUUGACACAUUCAUCGUUGGUGUCGCUCGGUUAUCGCACCUCGGAGUGCGGUUCAACAUUGUUCAGGAGCUAGCCCUGAAGAAGCCUCCAGGAGCUCCAGUACAAGGGCAACACAUCAUUCCAGCCUAUUGCAUUCUCCUUCGCCCGCAUAAGCCGCGUGGCAUCACUAAGGAUGCAGCUCUCCUUCGACGUAUUGCCGUCCAUCUCAACACUCGCUAUGGUGUAGGAAUGGCGAUCGCUCGCAAGUAUGCAGUGCCAGCCAACAUCGAGCUUUACGGCAAGCUGCGACAUGUCAAUGGCGACACCAUGUCGGCGUCAGAUCUUGCACCUGUGCCGGAAGACCGCCGUGAUGCAACAUGGGUACGGUUUGAUGCCUUGGUAGACCGCAGCGCGAGGCGCCAAAAUGCACGAGAAGAGCUGGUUCUCACGACAUUUUAUGGCGAGUUGAAGAACAUUAUUGUCCUUCAUCUCCCUGCCACACGAGAGCUGCGUCUCGAUACUCCAACCGUGCAUGUUCUAGUUGACAUACACAGCUGCAAUGCGAACAUUGAUGGCCCACUUGAUGUUCGCAUGUUCGAGAGCAUGCAGAGCAUACUCGUGCAUGACAUCACAACGGUCCAGUGCCUUGUCGGCCGCAUCAAGCUUGUAACAGUCGGACACCCUAUAUGGGCAGUCAUUGACCGCAGUGGAUACUUAGGCGGAGCAGUCUAUGCAGGCAAUGAGGACGGGUGA